GAAUAGCAAGGUCUGAAUGUAUCUGCUUGUUAAUAUAAAUGUUUAUGUGUGAAGUUCGUCAGCAUCUGUCUCGUCUUCCUUCUAUUGACCCGCUCACCAGGACAUUGUUGAUUUGUGGAUUUCCUAAUGUAGGAAAAUCCAGUUUUAUCAACAAGCUGACGAGAGCUGAUGUUGAAGUCCAGCCUUAUGCUUUCACUACUAAAUCUCUUUACGUUGGUCAUAUGGAUUAUAAAUAUCUAAGGUGGCAGGUUGUUGACACUCCUGGCAUUCUGGACCAUCCACUAGAUGAAAGGAAUACAAUUGAAAUGCAGGCAAUCACUGCAUUGGCACAUCUGAGAUCAGCUGUUGUUUAUGUUAUGGACAUAUCAGAGCAAUGUGGUCACAGUGUUGCAGAACAAGUUGCACUAUUCAACAGCAUCGGACCCCUUUUUGUUGGCAAGCCGCUUGUGGUUGCAUUGAAUAAAGUGGACAUUAUACGUCCAGAAGAGAUUGACGAAGGCGGAAGACAAGCAAUUGAAACUAUUCGUGAAGGUGGAUUCCAAAUUGUUGCGAUGAGUACAGUUACUGAAGAAGGAUUGAUGGAAGCGAAGUCAUCGGUAUGCGAGUCGUUGUUGGCACAAAGGGUAGAACAGAAGAUGAAGAGCAAAAAGAUAGAGGGAGUGCUAAAUAGACUACAUUUGGCAACACCACAACCUCGUGACAACAAAGACAGACCUCCAUUUAUUCCUGCUGGUGUUAAUCGUCGUACAAGAGCCACAUCAGAUGCUGCACUAAGAGUGGCAGUAGAGCCAUUACAACAAGAAGUGUUACUUUCAACAACCAGGAAACUUGAGAAGGAUAUCGAGCGUGAAAUGGGAGAUGAAUACACACUCAACUUAAAAAAGUAUUAUUUACUGACUAAUGAAGGCGAGAAGUAUGACGCUAUUCCGGAAAUGUGGGAGGGCAAAAAUAUUUCCGACUUCAUUGACCCAGAGAUCAUGGAGAAACUGGAACAACUGGAAAGAGAAGAAACAUUGAGAGAAGCUGCUGGUUUCUAUGACUCAGACGAAAACGAGGAUGAGUCCACGAAAGAAGUACACAAAAAAGCAGAGCAAAUUCGUCAGAAAAAAAGGUUGAUUCUUCAAGCAAAUCGCGAGAAGAGGAGAGUUAAUAGACCCAUUUUACCAAGAAGAGUCAUGAAGAGACUGCUUUCUAAGACAAAUACCGAUCAAGUUGCUAAGUCAAGGAACACUGAUGAUACACAUGCAGAAAGCAUGGAAUUUGAGCCAACCUCAUUGAGGUCUCGAUCUCAGUUAGCAAGAAAACGAAAGAGAGAGCUAAGUGGCCAAAGAAGUUUGCAAAUACCAAGGGAUAGAUCCGGACUCUCACGCCCCGAACAUGCAGCUAAAGCUAAGAAGUUAGAAAAGAUUCCAUGGCGUCAGCAGACAAAGAGAGCAACAGCAAGUGAAUCUGAUAGGCGAAUUUACAGCCUUAAACCAAAACAUUUACUGUCCGGCAAGCGAGGAAUUGGUAAGACACAAAGACGAUAACACUAACCUUAUGCAGUACUUAGCUUGUUGAAGUGAUUAAUAAUCUUUCAACCAAUCUUAAUCUUAGUAAUGUUUGCAAGGGUAUGUUUCAUGGCAA